AUGUACUCUGCAAACCCUCCACCGCCGCUCAACCUUAGCGAUCAGGACUUUCAACCACAACAACAACAAAAAGCCCAGUCCGUGCGCUCCACUAAAAAGUCCCAUCUCGAACAAUCAACUCCAUGGAAAACCCUCGACUAUGCUUUCCCUCCAUUUGUGCCUGGAGUUCAGCUACCCUCCGUUUAUGAACGCGCUGGUUUCGACGUUUAUCGCGAGGGAUCGUUGGCUUCUUCUAGUAAACCUGUAUCCCCAAUCUCUCCAACAUUCACAACUUUUCAAGCAUACACAACAACCCCUCAACCUCCUCUAAGCAGCACUAGUCCUGAAUUCUCCAUUCGCAGCUCAGGCCAUUCAUCCUCUUUAUCAUCCUCGUCUUCUUCAUCUUCUUCAUUCCCUAUGCCUCCGCGCAUUGGCCAGAUGUCCAAACGACCUUCACUGCCUCAGCUAGAGCCUAUCUCUUCAUUCGCGUCGACUAGCUCCACUUCAAGCUCUAAAAAAGUGCCCUCCCUCCUGAGGUUUCUCCACAAAUCGCCAUCUAACCCGUCCUUUGAUAAAGCCUCUAUCUCCAACCCCAUUUGCACCAGCACUUCGACCUUCCCAAUCACAACUAUUCGCGUACCAUCGGAUGGAAGUGGCCGUUUCAGCAGUACUAAGGUCACUCAAGAAACUCCUACAAUCAAGCUUAAUGACUUGAUUAUGGACGAGUCACAACUUUGCAGCCAAAUUACCCCCCACUAUCAGGAAAACCAAGGGCUCACCCCCCCAGUUGAUGAUGAAACCUUUAAUGCGCCCUAUCUAAACUCAAACAAGCCCUCAUCCGCCGAUAACAGUAGCGUGGGGUCCACAACUCCCAAGACUAUAAAGCCCACAGACACAACUGCUGCAGAAACGACGACACUAGAGCCAUGCAUCUUGACGUACUCGCCCACUUCCGUCUACUCCUCUGGCGGGAAAAUACACUCCACAAUCACAAGCAACUCGCUGAGCUCUCAGCCUGAUAGCACUCCGCCAUUCUCCACCCGUCAAUCUGAAACAGAUCCCAGCUCUGUCACCUCGUCAUUGUCUAGUAACGCCCGAAGACUCUCAUCCUCUUCGUCUAUCUACAGCAGCGCAGUUAUUCAGUCUAACAAGAAUGACGAUUACAUGAAACUUCAUAUUGGCAAUAUAAGUGAUAUGGACAUGGACAAAAACUACAAGUCAUUAAUUGCACCCCUUAGUGCUAUGAAUCUCAAUGUCAAAGAUGAGAAUUACCAACAAAAACAUCAAUUACGGAAACAAGACCAAGAAUGGGAUGACGCUAGUCUCCCUCUCCCUUACCGUGAAGAUGGCCCGCAAAACUUGCAAAACCCCCUCCCCCUAAUUUCUCGGGGCAUUGUGCAACCGCUCCAGAACAAGACCAAUCUACCACCGGUUUCUCAGGGGGCAUUAGACACUAGGGAGAAUCUGUGCCUCCAAGACAACAACAACAACAUUAGCACCCCCAUCACCAAUUCAAGCGUAACAAGCUUCCCCGUAAAUGCCCACGCUAGCACAUUCUCUGAUUAUACGUCACGCUCGUCCUCAACUACAUCCUCACUAUUCUCAGCGCCAUUGUCGCAGGGCUCAACCGAAAGUGCCAUUGAUAGCAUCAUGUUGCCAUCACCAAUAACUAGCAAAGUCACGCUACCACUUAGCAUCCAACAACGACCACCCAAAAAUUUUAACGGAGAGCCCUCUUCUGAACACACUAACGAACCCACCCCUAAUAUCGCAUCAAUUGCUCCUCCGACUCUUGCCCCUCCUUCUCACUUAGCUUCCUGCGCCACACCGACGUCAUCGGCACCUCCUAUCAAACACUCCAAAAAAGGUCCUUGUCGCGGCUGCGGCCAAGUCAUAACCGGCAAGUCAGUAUCUUCCCGCGAUGGGAAGCUCUCAGGUCGCUGGCACCGCGCUUGCUUUUCAUGCUCUGGUUGUGGUACUCAAGAUUUUUCACUCCCACUACAGGUGCUCUCGAAACUUUCCUCAGUGGAAUCAAAUUCUACAGAAACUGAGUUUUACAUUCUUAACGACAUGCCUUACUGCUACCUCUGUUACCACACAGUCAAUGAUUCCAUUUGCACAGUCUGCUCGCUAGGUGUUGAAGGCCGUUGUCUUGACGACGGUCAUUCUCGGUACCAUGCUGCAUGUGCUGUGUGUACGACAUGCUCAGUGCCUCUGGUACCCGAUUGCGGGCCCGAAGAAGAAGAAGACCCUGAAAACAAGGCUGACAAUACAGCAACUCUCGGCAGCUCCAAUCCAAGCAAUAGCCUGAUUUUUGUUUGCAACAAACUCCUCUACUGUGCUAAACAUGCAUGUGAGUUGGAGACACUCAGUAAUGGCAAUGCUCCGGUUGAGAAGCGCCGAACACGCCAGUUCUUUAUGUGA